AGUGGAGCCUGUAGUGCUUGUAGGAACUUGAUUUCUUGAUCUGCGAUCAGUCAGCCCGCGUGUCUGUCUGUCUGUCAGAACGUCUACAGAAACCUUCCUCAGCUUUCCUCAAUGAAGCUGCCCGCCAAGAUCUUUCUGUUCGGGACUCUUAGCGCCGCUUUCCUUGCGUACCUGUGGAGCGGACCAGCUUUCAAUGAAGAAUCUCUAAAAGGGGUGAAGGUGUUGGUGACUGGUGCUAGCACUGGCAUCGGGGAGCAGGUGGCAUACCAUUAUGCCCGUUUGGGUGCUCAAAUUGUCAUCACAGCGAGAAGAGAAAAUGUCUUGAAAGAGGUGGUGAAGAAGUGUCAGGAUCUGGGGGCUCAGAAAGCCCUCUAUAUCUCAGCAGAUAUGGGCAUUUCCGCUGAUGUUGACCGGGUGGUAGAGUUUGCAGAACAACAGCUCGAAGGACUGGACUACAUAGUGCUAAACCACAUCGGGCCCAGUCCGUAUCAGAUGUGGGACAGCGAUGUGGAUCACAUGCGAUGGCUAAUGCAGGUGAAUUUCCACAGUUACGUGCAAAUGGCUGUGAAGGCUUUGCCGGCCCUUGAGAAGAGUAAAGGGUCGAUAGUGGUGGUCUCCUCCCUGCUUGGAAAAAUGUGUUCACCGUUUGCUCUGCCGUACAUUGCUACUAAGUUUGCCCUGAAUGGUUUCUUUGGGAGUCUACAGCACGAACUGGCGAUGAAGCAGAGUAACGUGUCCAUCAGUAUCUGCAUCCUGGGCCUCAUUGACACAGACUCUGCCAUGGAGAAAAUCAAAGGCCACAUAGAUAUUACCCCUUACCCUGCACAUGAGGCCGCAUGGCAAAUCAUCAAAGCUGGAGUGCUGCGCCAGAGUGAAAUCUUCUACCCCUGGUACACCUACUACGGUGUUCUCUUCAGAGACUGGUUCCCUCAUGCCAGAGAUCAGGUGAUACGUAGCUGCUACAACUACCAGCCAUAAGCUAUAGAGAGAGCUAUAUUACUUUUCACUUAUAGACACUGGAAAACACUCAGAAAUGUAGGUGCUUAAAGGGGUUCUUUGGAAUGAUGUCAUAGGAGAACCACUUUUGAUUGUGUAUGUCUCCACAUAAUGUAAAGCUUCUGUUUGGAAUUUUUUUUUCCACAAAACCAAAUGUCCAAGCAAAAAAAAAAAAUUAUAGAACUGUAUUUUUGAGUGAGAUUCACCUGAUGCUUAGGGAAAAUAAGAGUUUACACCCUUCAAUCAAUUUAAACAAAGGAGCUAUACUACAAAACUCAAAGUCCAAAACAUGUUGGGACAGUAAAUGAAAUGUAAGUAUAAAUAGAAAUCAUUGAUCUAUUUUGACCAAAGAAAUCCUAGAAGUUCAGUAUGGACAAUUUAAGACUAAGAGCAAAGUGACAAAAUGUUGUUCCAAAGCAUUGAACAUAUGUUAUUCUCCUGUAUCUGUUAUUUUCUUAUCAUCUUAACCAUGUUUAUUGUAGAGUUCUAGCAAAUGGUUUUUUGCUUGCCGAAGUGGUGAUAACUGUCACACUCUCACCUUGCCCCCUGCCUGUUUUUGUGUUUAAAUCACCCUUUGUAAUGUUGUGGAGUGUUGGAGAGGAGGCGGACACAUAUGCAAAGAGAAGUGAGAUUUAUUACAGGCAAAUCCAUGGUCAUAGUCAUAACAGUCCAGGGUCUUUUAGCCAACACGGAUAGAAGAAGAAUUGUACAUGAUAAACGGAAACAAAUACUACACUUCAAAUGCCACGGCACCAGAAUCUCAAACAUACAACAUAAUAGAAACAUCACAUCAACAAAGACCAUCAAACACUAGGGGCAAACAGAGGGCUUAAGUCUAACUGGGAUAAUUAGAAAACACCACAAAGGUGCAAACAGGUGAAACCAAUCAGGGUGGAGUCAAGAAAACAAGGAGGCAUAACAAGGAAGACACCUAACAAAAGCACAUGGAAGAUUGAAAUGUAAACAUAAGCACAUGGAUGUCUGGGAGGGGCCAAUCGUGACACCCUUUGUCUCACAACCUUAAGGUGAUACCAUCCUUAUCCUUAUCCCCCCCCCUUACAUCUCUAUUCAUAUCAACCCUUCCUUACCCCUCUUCAAAGUCUUUUUGUUCCUCCUUCUACCUCAUUAGUUUUCAAUGUACGUAUAUCAUUUUAAAAUAUUCUUGUUAGACUGGACUGCUGACCAGACUAGAAUGGACUGCUUACCAGACUAGACUGGUGACACACUGAUGACCAAGCUGUGCCCAUGCAUGAUCGUCUGCCUGCACGUGAAUAAGACUAGACUCCUGAUGCUGCUAAUUGACUGUUGAUCGACCACGCUGUACCCAUACUCAGUAUGUGGAAAUAAACUCCAGUCAACACUGAA